GAAGACGAAUUACAUCCCCUACCUUUCAUUCCUUCCACACCUGACAGGAUACCAACCGCCCCCCCGCAAAAACCCUACAAAAGGGUCUCCGCAUUUUUUUUUUCCGCCAUUCAAAUCAAUUUUAGGGUUCCGAUCCUCUCGAAGCCAUGUCCAAGAGGGUACUUUGCAAGUUCUUUGCAAAUGGAGCAUGUCUAAAAGGGGACCACUGUGAGUUCUCCCAUGAUUGGAAGGACCCGUCGAAUAAUGUGUGCACCUUCUACCAAAAAGGAGCUUGUUCGUAUGGAAGCCGAUGCAGAUAUGAACAUGUUAAAGUGUCUACUCGACAGUCGUCCAUGGCAUCUUCGUCCACAAGUUCUCACCAAUUUUUGGUUUCUGAUUCUGCUACUGCGUCUGGGGGGUUGACUAUAGUCCCAGGUGUUACUUCAGAUCUUUCACCUUCAAGUAUACCUUUCUUCCUCCCUGUAAAACCUGCCUGGAGUCAAACAUCCCAGCAUCAGUAUUUGUCAGAGUCCGAUGAUCUUGGCGAUUUUAAGAGUCUUGAUCCAGCUGAUCUUCCAAUCUGCUCAUUUGCUGCCGCUGGUGAUUGCCCACGUGGGGAAGCAUGUCCUCAUAUCCACGGGGAUAUAUGCCCAUCCUGUGGGAAAAAUUGCUUGCAUCCUUUCAGACCCCAGGAGAGAGAGGAACAUAUGAAAACCUGUGAGAAGAAGCAAAAGAAACUGGAAGCAUUAAAGCAUAGUCAAGAGAUCGAAUGCAGUGUGUGCCUUGAACGUGUUCUUUCUAAGCCGACUGCAUCUGAACGGAAGUUUGGAUUGCUCUCAGAGUGUGAUCAUCCAUUCUGCAUAUCAUGUAUCAGGAAUUGGCGCGGCAGUUCCCCAGCCUCUGGAAUGGAUGUCAACUCUACAUUGAGGGCUUGCCCAAUAUGUAGAAAGGUUUCAUACUUUGUCAUUCCCAGUGUCAUUUGGUAUUCUUCAAAAGAAGAAAAGCAGGAGAUUGUUGACAGCUACAAAGAAAAACUCAAGUCCAUUCAUUGCAAGCACUUUGACUUUGGAAAUGGGAGUUGUCCAUUUGGGUCUAGUUGUUUUUACAUGGUAAGUUAUGAUGACAAAUGGUGUGAUGGUCUCUCUCUCUCUCUCUCUCUCUCUCUCUCUCUCUCUCUCUCUCUCUCUCUCUCUCUCUCUCUCUCAGGUGUAACCAUUUACUUAACUCAAUGCUUAAACCCCCUAUUGAUUAUUAUUAUGUCUUCUUAUGUAGCAUGCUCCACACUACGAAAUGAUUUAUACAGAAUUAUUUAAUGCAUUUAUUACUUUGGCGAAAAUGAGUUUUAGUUACAAAGCUAGAUGGUGAUAUGCUCUCUCACUCUUGCAUGCAACCUUUCAUUAAUUCCUCUCUGUUGAAAAUGCUUCAGUAAAUAAAGCAAGUGAAAUGCUCUGAAUGCUGGAGCCGGAAGUCCAAUUGUCAUGUGUAUGUUUUACGUGUCUUUAGGCAGAUAGUUAUUCACUAUUUGGUGGGUUCAAUUUGUGUUUUGAAGAACAGUUUCUUCUAUUGGUAUGUGCUUGGCUUUUUUACCCUUCCUGUAGGUUAUUUGAAGUUUAUGAAUGUUUGAGUCAGGCCAUAUUCAUUGGCUUAUGAGAACUUUAAGGCAGCUCUUUCGUAAUUUCAAUGUUUCACGAAAUUGUUUACUUCAGGGUUUUUUUGUUUUAUGAACGAUUAAUUGGACAACUGAUUACUUAUGUUCUGUAACACUUCAUGUGAACCUCUAUGCCGACCCUUUAGUGUCUGGGGAGAUUGUAUAAACUCUGAAAACUUUGGAGUACGAAAAUCUGAUUUGAAACUGUAUCUUGAUGAUUCCAUUACGUAACAUUCAACAUUACUUCUUACUGGAUGUUUGAUGUUCAAAAGCAAAAUGUUAAUGGUGGCCAAAUUGUUAUUUCAUCAUUUAGUUGAGAAGUUAUCAGCUUCCACACUGUGAAUGAAUUACCGGGGAGAAUCUUCAGAAUUAGUAGCAUAGUAGUAGAAAGGUGGUGGAGAUAAUUGAGGUAAUAAAACAUAAACAUUGUGAGGGUUUCAACAGUUUUAGUAGUCAUGUUCAAAAAAACAGUUUUAGUAGUCCUUAGGCUUCCGAGACAACUCCUCCCAAUUGUGCUUCAUUAAAUGUACUAGCUGGUUGAUAAACCAUUACCUUGAUGAUAUGAAUGCAACAUGUGUAUUACAAUGCAAAAGGUUCAUUUGUUUUCCUUAGAAAAUGCGAUUCGUAUGUCAAUGUUAUCGUGAUGCUUAAGUGAUGAAUCUUGUUUAUGUGGCAUAUUCUUCAAUUUAUAUGUACCAGGUUUACAGCUGAAGUAGUCAUUUCCUAUAUUAACCAAAGUGCAAGCCUGUUCAUAGGGUGUGUGUACAUGUGUCUGCUACUUAGUGCGCUGCAAUAGGAAGUUGCUUGGUACUUAUAAGCCUCCUUGCAAGCAUGAUCCCUUCAGAAAGCUUGAGCCUCAUUUCUAUUAUGAAGAUUUAAUAAUGUUAAUUUUUUUAGGUUUGUUUAGCAUAUGUAGCAGUAGCAGAUGACUUAAAUUGUCUCAAUUUGGAAGCUGAUUUCAUCUGCUAUGGUAUAUCUUAUUAUUUUAGAUGAUGUCCUCUUAAUGAGAUAGAACCUGACGUGUUUAUGUAUAUGGAUGUACAUCACUACAGCAUGCAUAUCGUGAUGGCCGUUUGGAGGAAGUGGUUUUGCGUCAUCUUGGGGCUGAAGAUGGACAUACAGUGAUUGCUAAGAAUAUUAGGUUUUGCCUUCUUCCUUCUUUUUUUCCCCGUCUCCUUGAUUAUAAGUACAAGGAUUGUUUCCUAUGGAAUUUGUGUUCUAUCUGUUUUCUGGUGUUCCCCCUUCAGUUCUUUGAGUGUAUUUUCAGGCUCUCGGAUUUCCUCCGCAGUUUGCACAUAAGGUGAAGAACUUUUUUAGAGCUUCCAGAGUAAGUUUCUGGCCAUUAGUCUGUUUUUCUCUCGAGUGUUCUCUCCAUCUCAUUUACAUGUUUCAUGCAUGUUGAUCCCAACGAUUCAGUUCAUUUUUUGUGCCAAUCACCUAUUUGUUUAUCCGAUUGCAGACUGAUCUCUUGACAUAAGAUGUGGCUUAACAUGUCUCCAAUUCUUUGUUCUUUGGUACAUGAGUUUUUGUGGUUGAUUCCUCUCUAAAUCAUAGCUGUUUUAGUGUCUUAAUACGGAAGUCCUUUGUAUUCUUUUGCCCUUUAAGCCUGACAGAAAUGAGAACAUAUUAAUUGUUUUGUAUGCAAUAUAAGUUCAAUUUCACGUGCUUAUGAUGUGCCUUCUGUUUGGAGGAUGAUUGAUUGAAAUAGCUUUUUUAUCGAAGCGACCGAACCAUCUCUAGGGUCCGAUGCUGCACAAUGUUGUGCACCCAAACUGAUGGUUUUUAUCAUUUGUCUCAAAUUUUCAUUAGUUAGCUGACUUCCUAAAAGUAGUUUGUCAAGGUUCAGCAUCCGUAUUAUUGGGAUGACACAUAAUGAUUAAUGUUCAUGCCUGCAGGUUACUUGCUAUAAGGAAAUUAUCCCAGCAUAAGUAGCCGAAAAUCUUUGAUCUUCCCAAUGCUGCACUACAGUAUUUAUUCAGGUGUGUGAAAUAUCUGUUCUGUUUGAGUUCAGAUCUUUAUGUUGCCUUAACUCUUUAGUGUGUAUAACACAAUCUCACCUACAUUUUUAUGAUCUUCCGAUUUCAUCACCCAUAACCGUAAGGGUUAUUGACAGCAAGUUUGUGAGGCAAAUUUGAUUUACAAGCUGCUGCUUAUAUAAGUUCUGUUCUACAAUUAUCCUCUUGAUACGCCGAGCAAAAAAAAAAUUAUCCUCUUGAUACGCGUUGCUGCUCUUUGGUGAGCAUGGUUAGUUAAUCCAUGCGAUUCAAGAAUUGAGUCAUUUUUGUUUGCAUUCUAUGCAUCGAUAAACUAUCACGCUAUGUACAAAUCUUUGGUUGCUUUGGAUGCUUGGCUGUCCUCAGUUGCUGAGUUCCAUUUGGCACUACUACCAUGGUAUUCUUAUUGCAUCCAUUAAUUGUUCUCAGACAAUUAAUGGCAUAGGCGAUGUCGGUGAGGGCAACAAUCUCAUGCAUUACAUUGUUUUUAGGAAGAUUUUUUUGGGGUCUCUUUUUCAGGAAUUUGGCUAUGUUUCUUUUUUAGUUACACUUUUAUCAAGUAUCAAGUAGCUUCAAUGAAAAAAACAAUUUUCAUAAUUAUUGACAAUCAAACUAAUGAAUGGUUUAGUAAUUCAAAAGAAUUUUGAAUUUUUCGUUUGUAAUUGGAAUUCAUCUUAGAUUGGAGAAGAGAGAAAUAUAUGGGACUGGCUUGACAUGCAUUUAAUGGUGAGACAGCAGUUGUAAACAUGUGGUAUUUGGAAGCUAAAGCUUAAUUGUCAACAUGUGGUAUUUGUCUGAGACAAUAGUUGUGAAUAUAUAUGGUAUUUGGAGUGAUGAAGCACGUGUUGUACAAGUUUGAGAUCAAUAAUUGUAAGAGGUUAGUUAUAAAUUCAACUAAAAGCAAAAGGAAAAAAAAAACCUGGAAUUCCAGUGGGGGUUAUGGCCCCCGCAGGGUCUUGAUUGCGUCCGCCACUGUGCAUACAAGUUCCCCUUUAAGAAGAAUAUUCGAAACAAAAUACUCUAUAUGAAAAAUUCCCUGCCCUAUUGCCCAAGAGGAAUAAGAAAAUUUGCAAUUCCUGAACUUAGUGACUUCAGGAAGGGCAUAGGUUGCUCAAACAGUCAGAAACUUACUGAUUUGUUUUGGACAAAAUAGUUGGCUUCUCACCCAAAUUAUGCUUGUACUUUAUGGUUCGCAGGCUGUAUUAUUUGGCCAUACUUCUUAUUUAUCUGAUUCGCAGUGUUGUGCUGUGUGUCAUUUACAGAAUUCGUUGCCGUUUUGGAUCCAAUCAUCGAUGGAGGCUGGGAACAAAUAACUGUGUGAAUAAACUGCUGCUUGUAUUUAUGUAAAACAGGAUUUAAGAGUGUAUGCUGGAGAAAUUUUGGAACUGUGAAGUGAGCAGUCUCUUGUUUUGAACGGUUGCUCUGAAUAAAGGAUGUACAAUAGAUGCUAGUACAUUUUAUUACCUGCCUACCGGCAGCAUCUAUGAAUUGUAUUAUAGCCGAACGAGGGGCUUUUUGAGAUAACUGUUUGCUUUGAGCUUUCCGGGACGAGGUUGAUGGUGUUUCGAUUUUGGUCUGGGUUUUCAGUGUAUAUCAUACCAUGUUACAUGACGAUGUAAAAAAUUUUGAUUCUGAGAUGAUGAUUUUUGAGUUCCA